AUGUCGGUUUUGGUGAACGGUAGCCCGACGAGGGAGUUUAUUGUGGAAAAGGGGUUGAGACAAGGGGAUUCCCUCUCUCCGUUUAUCUAUGUUAUCGUUGCGGAAGGGUUAAAGGGGAUGGUUUCUAGAGCUAUGGAUUUAGGAGAGUAUGCGGGGUUUGAUGUUAGGAGAAGUUGUAAUGUUAAUUUGUUACAAUUCGCGGAUGAUAAGCUUAUGGUUAGUGAAGGGAGUUGGAAGAAAGUUUGGACUAUCAAGGCCAUCCUCCGUGGUUUUAGGCUUGUGUCGGGUCUUGGUAUUAAUUACCAAAAGAGCAAGCUUAUUGAAGUGAAUGUUAACGAGAAUUUCUUGGAGUUUGCUUCAUCGUUUUUGUCGUGUGGCUCCCAAGAAAGUAUUAUCGGAGAUAUCGAAAUUGGAAAGCAAUUUUCUUUAGGGAGGGGUGGGGGAGGAGAAAAAGAUGCAUUGGGUGAGUUGGAAGACAAUUUGUUUGCCGAUCGAGAAAGGUGGUAUUGGUUUGAAAUCGGUAAUGGUUAUAUCACAUCUUUUUGGCAUUCUUGUUGGAAAGAGGAGAGGAGUCUCAAGGAGCUAUUUCCGUUGUGUUUUUCUUUUUCAAAGUUAAAAAACGCUUCCGUGGCUAGUAUGGGAGGUUGGAGGGAUGAUGUGUGGGAGUGGGGGGACCUCGGUAUUCCGUUUUCUUUGGAGACCGAGGCUGCUGAAACUGACAGGCAGCAGCUCUGUUUCAAGCUGGGCAGCGUCUGUUUGAGGCCGGAAGCGAGGGAUCGUGUGCGGUGGCUCGCGGAACCGGACGUGGUGGUUCCAUUAAAAGUUAAGGCUUUUGGUUGGCGGUGCUUCUUAGAUAGAUUACCCACUAGAGAUCUCUUGCUAGCUAGAGGUGUCGAGUUUCAAGAGGACAACUUAGAUCUAGAUGAUGCAUUUCAAGAGGACGAUAUAGAUGGUAAAAUUCAAGAGGGCAACAUUGAUGAAGAAUUUCUGGAGGAAGACAUGUGA